AUGCCAAUUGUAGAAAUUAUCAAUGAACGAGUUGCGGAUGGGACGCCUGAAAUAAACGUAGAACAAGAUGCUGUGCAUGAAGCACAAGAAACUAAGACGAUCGAGGAACUUGAGUCAAUAUCAGACUGUGCGAGGUCUCCCACCAGGCGAACCGGAAAAAAAUGUAAAGUUCGAAGGACAACGAAGAAAUACUUAAGUGUAACCGCAACCGAAAACACCGAUGAACCUGGGUUUGUUUGCUGCGGAUGUUCGGCAGUUCAGUUCAACAGCCAACAGGAGCUAGAUGAACAUCGAUUCGAAAGCCACAGGAAAUAUCGCAUCUUAGACAACUCCAUACGACCUUUCGAGUGCGAUAUGUGCUUCAAACGGUUUUUGACGGAAAAGCUUCUGGUGCAGCACAAAACACGAUCGUACCGAAAACGUCGUUUCGUGUGCAAAUCGUGCGGCCUAGCUUACCUUACCAACAACGGAUUGAAACGCCACGAGAAGGUGUGCAAUGUGGAGGAGAAAAAUUUCUCCUGCGAGGUGUGUGGCAAACGUUUUCUGCAAACGGUCACACUGGCGAGUCACCGGAAGCUGCACCAGCAGGAGAAAGCAUUCUCGUGCUCCGUAUGCGGGAAAACGUUUAGGAAAAAGUUCGAAAUAACCAUUCAUAUGGUAACGCACACGGAAGAGCAACCGUAUCCGUGUGAUCUUUGUCCGGCCAGAUUCAAACGCCACCAAGCGUUGAAGAAUCAUCAGAAGCAUCACGUGAACUCUCGGCCGUACAAGUGUGAUCUGUGCGAAGAGUCGUUCAAUAGUUUUGCUGCCCGAAAGUUCCACCGCCUAACGGUGCACGAAGGAUUGGAUCCGUUCCGGUGCGAUCAUUGCGGCGUUAGCUUUGGUCGCAGAUUACGGUUAACCCAACAUAUGAAGCGCGUGCAUGGCGUCACUGAUUGA